AUGCGUAUAGAAACUUGUUAUUUUUGCUCAUCCAGGAUAUAUCCUGGUCAUGGGAUUCAGUUUGUGAGAAAUGAUUGCAAGAUUUUCAGAUUUUGCCGUUCAAAAUGCCAUGCAGCAUUUAAAAAGAAGAAAAACCCACGUAAAACCAAAUGGACUAAAGCUUACCGUAAGACUGCUGGUAAAGAACUGGCGAUUGACCCUUCGUUCGAAUUCGAAAAGCGUCGGCACAUACCGGUGAAGUAUAGCCGAGAAUUAUGGGAGAAAACCAUUGAAGCAAUGAAAAAAGUAGAGGAGAUUAGACAAAGGCGGGCAAAUAACUAUAUUAUGCAGAGAUUACGAAAAGGCCGUGAAGUUGAAUGGCAACGGGACGUUAGAGAAGUACAAAGGGACAUUUCGCUUAUUAGAUCACCAGCAGCUGGCCUCAAACAAAGACAAGCUGAAGAGGAAACGGAAAUGGAAGUUGAACCUGAAACAAUUGAAGUUAUUGAUGCUAAGGGUUGCAAACAGGUUAUUGAGGCUCCGGUCAUGGUGCCUGCCACUGGAGAAAUGAUUGAAGAUGGUGGUGACAUAGAACUAUGA